UAGGAAUCGGAUGGAUCAAUAUGCUUUAUAGAAGAAAGUCUUUCAUCGGAAGAGAGUAAUUGAUUUCAGAUAGUCCUGGCUGCUGUCAAAGUGUAAGCGUCUUCCCAAGAAAUCUCCAGCUUCGUCAUGAAACUCCUAUGUACAUUACUAUAUUUCUCCAUAGCCGUUGCAACAAUCAACGCUAGGCACAGAAAAGAAUGGAAAAGGGUAGAUCCACGAAAAUCGACUCGGGAACUUCUCUUACCUUUUUACCAUUCAUUAAGUCCAGCUUGUAAUAAUGGAGCAGGAUUUUUUCGUGAUCCUUCUGACUGCCACCAGUAUAUUCGUUGUGUUGAUGACUUUGGAAAUGGCCGAAGAUUCAGCGUUUUUGUUGGACGAUGUGAACCAGGACUUGUUUUCGAUGAAAAUAUUAGUGCUUGCAAUUGGCCAGAAUUGGCUGCCCCUUGCAGCGAUGCACCAGAAAAGAUCAGAGAGACAUUUAGCAAAUUCAAACCGAAAGAAGAUGAAGUGCAACUUAUAUUAGAAGAUAAUGUAAUUUCGGAGCAAUCAGAUGAACAAAAUAUACCAUAUCCUGUACAAGAACAACUAGCUGAAGAGCAUCAAGAUUUUAGUAAUCAGUUCGUUCAAGAACCCCAGUUUUUUGACGUCACGUUUUUUCAAGAUCAAAGGAAUCAUCAAGAUUCUCAAAUCCUCUCAAAUAUACGUGAACCCGGAACUGAAGGAAGUUUUCACGAAACAUCUGCGAGUAAAGAAUCUCCUAUGAAACCUCAACAAGAAACAGUUCAUGAUACUUCAGUUCAAGAAGAUGCACUUGAAAUGUCUGAACAUCAGAAUUUUCAAGAGCCCAUUGUUCAGCAACAACAGCAAUUAACUCACGAGCAAUCUGUUUUCCAAGAGCCAACAAUUCAACAAAAAGAACAGUCAGCUCAUAACCAAGCCGUUUUUCAGAAACCAUUAAUUCAGCAACAAGAGCAACUACCUGAAGAACAACCGAUUUUUCAAAAUCCUGCAGCUGAAGAACAAGAACUAGUUGCUCAAGAAAUGCCUGUCUUUACGGAAAUUGCUUUUCAGGAUAAAGAAACAGAUCUAGGCUUUGAAUCAUUUCAGAAGCCAGCAGGUGUACAAGAACAAACUAAAAACCAAAACGAAGGUCAAGUACCACAUCAGCAACCAGCGUCUGAAGCGGAAAUAAACCAAAUUAGCCAUCAAGAGAAGCAAGAAACAGUUGGUGCUUUCCAAGAAAUUGUGGAUGAUGAAACACAUCAAAUAGAAAUCCAGUCCAACGAAGGUUAUAAAUCACAACAAGAGCAGUCUCAAUGGUGGAUCCCUGAUGAAAAUACCUCUCAGCAUUCUGCACCAGAAAUACAAACUGAUGACAAUAAAGGAAAACCAAUAUCAGAAUCUGUAACGGAGAAACCUAUUUUAUGUUUGAGUGAAGGAUUUUUCAGUCAUCCCGAGAACUGCAGUCGAUUCAUCAGAUGUGUGAGAAUCGAUCAAUCAGUUUUCGCGAUUCAUUUCUUCGAAUGUCCACAUCAGUUAGUUUUUAGUGAGAAGGAUAGCUCCUGUAUUGUUUCCGACGCGCAAAAUUGUAGGAAAAAUAAUAGAUCUAAAAGACAAGUAAAGAAUGCUCCCCUAGAAUGCAAAGCUGAAGGAUUUUUUAGGCAUCCUGCUGAUUGCAGAUCUUUUUAUCGUUGUGUAAAACAACCAACAGGUAUUUAUGAAACACAUAGCUUUUCAUGUCCAGAUACUUUAGUUUUUGAUGAAGAAUACGCCACAUGCAAUUGGCCUGAAAAAGCUCCUCCAUGUGAAGAAAUUGGACAGUCUUACAAAACUACUGGUAGGCCAUCUUAUCAACCUCCGACUACGGUUACAAGGCCAUCGUAUCGGCCUCCGGCGACGGCUACAAGGCCAUCAUAUCAACCACCUGAAAGAAAUACAAGGCCAUCAUAUCAACCGCCUGAAAGAAGUACAAGGCCAUCAUAUCAACCUCCUGAAAGAAGUACAAGGCCAUCAUAUCAACCUCCUCAAAGAAGUACAAGGCCAUCAUAUCAAACUCCGACUACGACUGCAAGAUCAUCAUAUCAACCACCUCAAAAAAGUACAUCGAAAAUCUAUCGAUCAACUUCAAAGCCCAGAAAUGAUUUUAAUGAUAAUUUAAAUCCUUUAAUACCAGUACGAGAAUAUACUACUCAACGUACAACUCUAAAAACGAAAUAUGCCACUCAACGAACCACCCAGAAACCAAAAUACACUGAAAAGCCCGUAACCGACAACUAUGGCGAUCAGAAAUGUAAAGAUCCUGGAUUUUACCCUCAUGAAAAAGAUUGUAAUAAGUUUUAUAAAUGCAUCAAAAAGGGUGACUAUUUUGUAAGAUAUGAAUUAAGUUGUUCACCUAAUUUUGCAUAUGAUGAAACUACAUCAAGAUGUGUUGCUCAGAGGUACGUCAGUUCAUGUAGUCGCCGAAGAACGCCUUAUCCGCCAAAACAAGAUGAUGAAGAGAUAUCUACAACUGAAUCCUCAACGCCUGACAACACGAACCAAAUUGACAGUGAUGUUUCGUGCACUGAGGAAGGUUAUUUUCGACAUCCUGAUGAUUGCAAUCGUUUUUACAGAUGCGUCGAUUACAAUGGUGAUGGGCAGGAGUUUGUGCGUUAUGAUUUUAAAUGCCCCGAAGGACUUGUUUUUGAUGAAACAAAUAGCGUAUGCAAUUGGCCAGACGAAAGUGCACCUUGUGACGGAAAGGUAGAAAAAGACGAUGAUAAAGAUUCACCCAGUGAAGGAAAAGAGUCUGGUGUUUCUUCCACGACAGAAAAAAGUACUACGGUAAAGGCCACAGCUGCUACCACCGAAAGCUCUACUCAAGAACCUUCAACGACAUCUAGCAGCUCUAUAACUCCUGAAGAUUCAUCGACUGGUGGUGUAACUACUGAAGAUUCUGGAUAUGGAGGUUCUGAGUCCAAGGACAGCACAAAAGAACCUGGAGAAAAUAAAAAAUCUGGCACAUGUACUCAAGAAGGUUUCUUCAGAAAUCCUGAAGAUUGCAAUAAAUUUUAUCGUUGCGUUGAUUUUAAUGGUGAUGGACAAGAAUUCGUGCGCUAUGAUUUCUCUUGUCCAGAAGGUCUUGUUUUUGACGAAGUCAAUAGUGUAUGCAAUUGGCCAGAUGAAAGUGCUCCCUGUGAUGGUACCUCAGGCAAUAAAUCUGGAGGAGGUGGGCAAGAUCAAGGGGAAAGUUCUACUUCUCGAUCUACUUCCCAAGAAGACAGAGAAUCAACUCCUAAAGACGAAAGUACAACAAGCACAUCUACUAGUACCAUUCAAAGCGGUGGAGAUCAAGGGGAAAGUUCUACUUCUCGAUCUACCUCACAGCAAGACAGAGAUUCUACUCCUAAAGAUGAAAGCACAACAAGCACAUCUUCCAGUACUACUCAUAGCAGUGAAGACGAUUCAAUAACUUCGUCAGCUGCUGUAGAGAGUACAACAGGAAAGACUACGUCUGCUUCAUCCAGCACGCAAAGCAGAGAUGAAAGUUCAUCGUCCGAUGAAAGCUCGAAUAGAGGUGAAUGCACUGAAGCUGGUUUUUUUAGAAAUCCAGAAGAUUGCAGCAAGUUCUAUAGAUGCGUUGAUUAUAAUGGUGAUGGACGAGAAUUUGUGCGUUAUGAUUUUUCAUGCCCUGAAGGAUUAGUGUUUGACGAAGUCAAUAGUGUAUGCAACUGGCCAGAUGAAAGUGCUCCUUGUGAUGGUACCUUAGGCGAUAAGUCUGGAGGAAGUGGUGAUGAUCAAGGGGAAAGUUCUACUUCUCGAUCUACCUCACAACAAGGCAGAGAAUCAACUCCUAAAGACGAAAGUACAACAAGCACAUCUACUAGUACCAUUCAAAGCGGUGGAGAUCAAGGGGAAAGUUCUACUUCUCGAUCUACCUCACAGCAAGACAGAGAUUCUACUCCUAAAGAUGAAAGCACAACAAGCACGUAUUCCAGUACUACUCGAAGUAGUGAAGACGAUUCAACAACUUCGUCUCCAUCAAAAGGUGUAGAGAGCACAACGGGAAAGACUACGUCUGCUUCAUCCAGCACACAAAGCAGAGAUAAAAGUUCAACGUCCGAUGAAGGCGCGAGUGAUGGUGAAUGUACAGAAGCUGGGUUUUUUAGAAACCCAGAAGACUGUAACAAAUUUUACAGAUGCGUUGAUUACAACGGUGAUGGACAAGAAUUUGUACGAUAUGAUUUUGCAUGCCCUGAAGGAUUAGUUUUUGACGAAGUCAAUAGUGUAUGCAAUUGGCCUGAACAAAGUGCUCCCUGUGAUACAAGGGAAGGAAACGGUAGCACGAAAGCUGAGAAAACAACUACCGACUCUUAUCAAACAACAAAAAGUACAACUGAAUAUCCUUCAGAGGAUAGAUCAACUGAAUAUCCUUCAGAGGAUAGAUCAACUGAAUCUACUUCUUUUACAACAGAUUCAUCUACUUCGAGAACGCAGACGACUAGUAGAUCAACGCAGCCUCCCUCUACAACGGAGUCUACGUACACUACGCAGUCAUCCCCGUCAACUAGUCGUUCAACGCGCAAACCAACCCAGGCUCCUCCGUCUACGACAGAAUCUACUUAUACAACAGAAUCAUCUUCUUCGGAUAACUCAGCAACGGGUACAUCUACUGAAGCUUCAGAAUCGACAUCCAGAGGAGUUUCAGAAAGCGGUGGGGAUGUAGAAUGUACAGAAGAAGGAUUCUUCAGAAACCCAGAAGACUGUAAUAAGUUCUACCGUUGCGUGGAUUUUAAUGAUGAUGGGCAACAAUAUGUAAGAUAUGAUUUCGAGUGCCCAGAAGGUCUUUAUUUUGACGAAGUAAACAGUGUCUGUAAUUGGCCGGAGCAAAGUCCCAAAUGCGAAACUAAUGCUGGUAGAGAAAGUACUUCAGAUAGUGGAACCUCGACUUCACAAAAGGAAGACUCUUCUUCAGUUGGCACACAAAGCACAACGCAACAAACUAGUGCUGCAUCUUCAGAAGCCUCGACUACUGAUAGUUAUACAACGAGUCAGAGUAGUAGUACUUACUCAACAACGACUCAAAGCAGUAGUACUUAUUCAACGACAACUCAGAAUAGUGAAUGUGAAAAGCCAGGUUUUUAUAGAUACCCUGAUGACUGCACUAAAUUUUACCGAUGUGUUGACGAAACAGGAGACGGUAAAGGUUUAGUACGUUAUGAUUUCAAAUGUCCAGAUGGACUCAUAUUUGACAAUAAGAACAAAAAAUGCGAUUGGCCUCAUUCUGAUACAUCAUGCGAAGUAGAUUCUUCAACAUCAUCUGAGAAAACUACUCAGCCCACGAAGGAUUAUACAUCAUCCACUGCAAGUACGACGCGUUCCUCAACAACAGCAGGUACUACCAGCGGUACAACUUCUUCAACUUCUUCAUCAUAUGAGGAGUGCACUGAAGAAGGUUUCUUUAGAAAUCCGGAUGAUUGUAGCAAAUAUUACCGUUGUAUUGAUGAAGGCGAUGGCACUUUCACAAGAGAAGAUUACGCGUGUGCUGAAGAUGAAAUUUUCGAUGAAGAAAUGCGAUAUUGCAAUAGGAAAGGUUUAGCGCCUCCUUGUGAUGGAAGUACUACCGAACAGGCAAGCUCUUCACAGUCUCAAGGAACAACAGGAGGUACAACAGCAGUUUAUCCGACGGAAAGUUCUACAAAAGGGGAAAAAUCUGAAUGCAGUAAGCCAGGGUUUUUCAGAUGUCCUGAAGAUUGUAAUAAAUUCUAUCGUUGCGUAGAUGAAGAAGGUGACGGUCAGAAUUUAGUACGUUAUGACUUUAAGUGCCCUGAUGGUUUAAUAUUUGAUGAAAAAAAUAAGAAAUGCGAUUGGCCUUCUUCGGAACUUACUUGUGAUACUGAUUCUACAACAACAUAUUCGACUCAAACCACACGAACAUCUACCUCACAAACAUCAAAACCACAAACAACAAAAGAUUACACAACUUCCACGAGACCAUCGACAAGUGGAACUUCUGGAACUACUUCAGAUGUCACUUCAGCUAGUGGUGAAUGCACAGAAGAAGGAUUUUUCAGGAAUCCUGAUGAUUGUAGUAAAUAUUAUCGUUGCAUCGAUACAGGAUAUGGAACUUAUACUAGAGAAGAUUAUGCCUGUGAAGAAGAUGAAGUUUUCGACGAAGAAAUGCGUUACUGUAACCGUAAAGAUUUAGCACCACCUUGUGACGGUAGCACAACAGGACAAACAUCGUCUCAAACAAGAACUACCACUGAUAAAACAACUUCUGUGUAUACCACAGAAAAACAAACUUCUACAUCUACAACACAGAAAGCAACAACGGCAUAUCCAACGGAAAGCUCUACAGGAGGCAGUAAAUCAGAUUGCGAGGAGGAAGGAUUCUUCAGAUGCCCUGAAGAUUGUAAUAAAUUUUAUAGAUGUGUACAAGACGGGGAAUAUUUAGUGCGUUAUGACUUUAAAUGUCCUGAGGGACUGAUAUUUGACGAAAAAAAUAAAAAAUGUGAUUGGCCAUCUUCAGAACUAACUUGCGAUGACAAUUCCUCAGCAACAUCUUCAAGCUCUUACCCUAGUACAACAAAGACGACUGCUUCUUCUGGAAGUACAUCCUCAUCUGGGGAGUGCAUAGAAGAAGGAUUUUUCAGAAAUCCGGAUGACUGUAGUAAAUAUUAUCGCUGCAUCGACGAAGGAGAUGGCACAUUAACUAGAGAAGAUUUUGCUUGUGAAGAAGAUGAAGUAUUUGAUGAAGAAAUGAGAUAUUGCAAUAGAAAAGAUCUUGCGCCUCCGUGUGAGGAUAGUCAGCCAUCGACUACAAGAUCCAGUAGUACUAGCACAUCAAAAAGCGCAACUACAAGACCCAGCACCAGUUCCACAUCUGAAAGCUCGACUUCGAGGUCCUCCGAUAGUACCACAAAAGAAAGUUCUACUACUGAAGGCUAUGAAAGUACAGGCGGUACAUCCAAGAAAGAUUCUGAGUCGGGAGAUUGCGAAGAGGAAGGCUUUCAUCGUCAUCCAGAUAACUGCAGUAAAUUUUAUCGGUGCGUUGAUUUUAAAGGUGAUGGCCAGUCAUUUACACGGUAUGAUUUCGAUUGUCCAGAAGGUUUAGUUUUUGAUGAAGAUAAUGAUGUCUGUAACUGGCCAUCGGCAGUACCAUCUUGUGAAUCAUCCACAAGCAAUGAUCGAUCUACAUCUGGUAGUCCUGAUUCCGGAGUUUCAGGAACAUCAUCGAACCCCCAGGAAAGCAGUCAAACCACUUCAUCGGGAGCAUCAACUACAGUCCAAGAAGGAAGCGAGACUUCUUCAACAACCGGAGAUGUAUCUCAAGACUCUUCAUCAACGACUGUCACUGAUCGGCGAUCGACAACUCCAAGAGAUGAAGAUUUUUCAUCAACGACAACUAAGGAUAGACAGUCGACAACUUCUGAAGACGCAAAUCGUAGCUCAACUGGAACAAGUACUAGAGGCACAUCUGACGGUGGAUCUUCUGAGAACAUAGAAUGCACUGAAGAAGGUUUCUUUCGACAUCCUGAAGACUGCAGUAAGUUCUAUCGCUGUGUAGAUUUUGCUGGAACUGGAGAAUCAUUUGUUAGAUAUGAUUUUGAUUGUCCAGAAGGUCUUGUAUUUGAUGAAGUAAACAGUGUCUGCAAUUGGCCAAAUCAGAGUCCAGGAUGUGAAAGUGGAUCAACCAGAAGAGGCAGCGAUGAAUCGUCAGGAGCCACACCAUCUGAUGAAAAAGUCUCAAAAACUACUACUGAAGGAAUAGAUACUACUAGAGAUGGCACAAGUACAUCUGAAAGUUCUUUCUCCUCUUCGGGAACAGAUAGUUCUAGAGACGGCACAAGUACAUCUGAAGGUUCUAUUUCUUCUUCGGAAACAGAUAAAACAACAGAGAGUGCAACUUCCGGGACAAGUUCUGGAACGACAUCAGCAGGAGAUUUCCAUUGUAAAGAAGAAGGCUUUUUUAAGAAUCCUAAUGACUGUAAAAAAUAUUACGAAUGCAAACGAGAUGAUGAAACUGGGGAAUUGAUUAAAAUAGACUGUGAAUGCCCUGAAGGGCAUGUUUUUGAUUCUGAAGGUUGGUACUGUAAUGCUAAAGAACUAAGUCCACCCUGUGACGAAGGUUCUUUCAGGUGUACAGAAGAAGGUUUCUUCCGUGACCCCGAAGAUUGCACUAAAUACUAUCAGUGCAAUAAGACAGGUCCUGGAAAUGAUGAUUUCACAAGCGAAAAAUUCCAGUGUCCAGAUGGAUACGUUUUUGACGAGAAUGGUAGAUAUUGUAAUGCGCCUGAACUGAGUGAGCCAUGCGAUGAGACCUCAGGUUCUACUAGAAUUACUAAAAGUGAUGAAUCAGUAUCAUCCACAACAUCUGCUACAACUUCCUCCAGCGCAUCAUCAACUUCAUCUUCUGUUUCGAAAGGUGACUGCACCGAGGAAGGAUUCUUCAGAAAUCCUGAAGAUUGCUCUAAAUAUUAUCAGUGUUCUAGAAAUGAAGAUACAGGUGAAAUAGAAAGGACAGACUUUGCUUGUCCAGAUGGCCGAAUAUUCGAUGAAGGCCCAAGUUACUGUAAUGAUCCUCAACUGAGUGAGGAACCAUGUGAAAGUGGAAGCACAAGUACUACACGAAAGCAGACAAACGCAGGAAACGCCGACUCUUCUACAAGCACUGCAGGGCAAACACCAGGAUCGACUAGUUCUAGUGAAGGUUCCCAGGCAGACAGCAGAAAGUCAGGUGGAGGUCCUCAGUGCUCACAAGAAGGUUUCUUCAGGCAUCCAGAUGAUUGCAAUAAGUUUUACAGAUGUGUUGACUUCUCCGGUUCUGGAGAAUCAUUUGUUCGAUAUGACUUUGAUUGCCCAGAAGGCUUACAUUUUGAUGAAGUCAAUUCUGUAUGUAACUGGCCAACAAUGACUCCAGCUUGUAAAUCUGAAAGUAGCUCUUUUCUCUAAAAAAAAGGCCAUCUAUGAAAUAGCCAAUAAGACUAUUCCUAAAUCCUGUAUAUAUUGUGAUUAAACGUGAUUUAGAAAUAUUCAUGAAGGAGCAAAGUACCGAAGAAUUUCAUAUCAAUAUUCAAAUUGUCUUAUUGCCAUAAUGUUAAACAGCAAAUCGUGUUUUUAUAUUUAAUCUAUAGUACGUUCUUUCAAUUUGUAUUUAAUUGUGGUUUCUUAAACUAGUCAACACACGAAUGUUAAAAAUCCUUACGCGUUUGAAUAUGUUUUACUUGUAAGUAUUCUUAACAUUCCGUUUAUAGGAACAAACCAUCAUAUGCAAGACAAUAAAUUUUAAUCACAUAAACUACAGAUUUACUGAAAUCAAACUUGAUGCUUAAAAACAUGCUGUUAAAACAUACUUAAUGCUUACAACAAAAAAUAUUGAUUUUUUUUUUAAUUUGAAAAGUUUCAGUUGCGAUAAUAUUUUAAAAGAAGAUAUCAUUUUAUUAUUUAUUGCUCAGCUAUUAUUUGCUUUAAGUUCAAAAGUUCUUCUACUUUGCUCUAUAUCGUGAUCAUGUUUUCAGGGUUUUUAUGAUAGUCCUUAAAGUGCCAAUCUGUCAUCUUUGAUGUGCAGAUAUGGGUUAUGGUUCAUUUUAUUUAUUUAUUUCAUUAUUUAUUUUUUUGUGUACAUUCUUUUCGUCCAUUUGUAUCAUUUCUUUCAAUCAAAAUAACUGACACUGUUACAGAAUUUUUCAUAUUUUUACUACGUUAUUAAGAGUCUAAGAACAGUCUAAAACCUAAUAAAGAAAGCGAUUCGGAUAAAUAUGCAUUCAUUACAAAUACGAUGUGUGUACUUGGCAUUCUAAAAGAACAUAAUAUUCGUAUUAAAAAUAAAUCAUUUCUAUUUUAUUUACUUCUCACAGUUUAGAGAGAAAUCAUUUUUUACGUGCAUAAAGAUUUUUUUAUGUGUGCUUUAAGUACUGGAAAAAUCAAGUUUUAUCACUGUUCCUUUCGCAAAGGUAAAUGUUCAAAUGACAACUUUAAUAUUAAAAAAUUUUCCUUUAAAUUUUUGUCAAUAAUUUAGUCUAUGUGCAGUAUAGUUAAUUGGAAACAUUAUUGUAAAUUUAGCUUAAACUUUUAACUGUAUGUAAAUGAAUGGUUAAUUUAAGUAAUACAUUUCUACGCGCAUGAUGUGUUGCACAAAUGUAUAAACACAUAAUGCUUUGCAUUGUAUGCAUUACUGCUCCUGAAUUUGAGCGUGUAUGUAUAAAUAUUUAUUGGAUUGCCGUGUAUCAUAAGGAAAGCAUAAAAUAGAAAACAUCACUCGCAGUGUCAGUUAUUUCGAUGAAUGUUUAAGCAUUUUGAUAUAAUUCUCUCUCUCUACUUGUGCAUAUUAUAUUAUGGUUCAAGAUAAAAUGUAUUAUAUAUUAAACAGAGAGAUGAAGGAUUUUAUGUGGAACUUUGCAUGUUAAUUUAAUUUAUGAAUAUUAGUGUACAUAAGCAUAUCUGAUAACGAUAAUAGAAGAUAAAAAAACUAAUUAUUUUCAUAACGUAUUAAAAAAUUGAUAAAUACUGUCACAAUAAAAAUUCUAAACAUUAAUAUAAGUCUAGAAUGAAAUUGUUUUGUCACAUAUUGUAUGUGAAAAUAAAACUUAAAUAUAUGAUAAGCUCUACUUUUCCUCUAAAAGAAAUUAAUUUUUUUUUUCAAAAAAAUGAAUAACUUGCUAACCAAAGAAUGGAAAGUUGUGUAAAUGCCACCAUGUAUCUAAAUGAAAGUGCCUUACAUUUUCAAUAAAACAGUAUGUUCUAUUUUUAUGUAAUAGAAAGAAAAAGUAAUUGCAAUUGUUUUGUAAUUUACCAAUCAUCCAAAUAAAAUGGUUGCUUUGA